AUGGGAAUGACCUGCGAUGGAUGCGCUAACGCCGCCCGCCGAGUUCUUGGAAAACUUGGCGACAAAGUCACGAUUGACAAGAUUGAUCUGGCAGAUCUGUAUAUUCUAUCGAGGCUAAACAGCGGCGAUUUGCGCACUCAAGAAGUCGUUUCCCCGUUCCUUCGAUAUUCACUACCCGAAGGCGGCUGGCCUUACACUGCCAGCAACGCGCAGGCAUGGCAUCCUGAAAAGUCUCCAAUAGGCGCUUUGAGAGCAGGGAGAUAA